AUGGCAUCAGUUACUGCCAAACAACCAUGUAUCAAAUGUGAUAAAGGUGGAGGAGUCGCCACAUGUGGUGGAUGCCAACAAUGGUUUUGUGUAAAACACUUCAACGGACAUCGACAAGAGCUUGCCACCGGAAUGGAUAUGUUAGGGGAAGAACAUGAUUUACUUCAACGAGAUCUGAUCCAAGACAUUGCUGCACAUGGUUUCUUAUCUUGCGUGAAUGAUUGGGAGCAAAAAUCGGUUACGAAGAUUCAAGCAGCAGCAGAACAAGCUCGAAUCGAUAUACAAAUAUAUCUUGAUCAAAACAAGCAACAAUUGAAGACAUCUCUGGAUCAAAUGACUAAUGAAUUGAAAUUGGGUCGUCAAUCAGACGAUUAUACAGAAAUAGAUUUGAAGAAAUGGAUGGAACAAAUGAAACUAAUUCGAGAGAUGCUUGAGAAACCAUCAACAAUUCGCAUUAUUGAUGAUGACGAUGCAGACUCCAUUAUUCAUCUAAUUCAAAAUGAUUUACAACGUAAAGUUCAAGAUUUAACUGAACAAUUAUCAGCUGGUGCUGAAGAGUAUAAAACCUGGUUUAAAAAAUAUAUUGCACUUGAACAUAUCAUGGAAAUGAAUUAUAGACAAGAAAAAUCGCGAAUCAAAAGUUUAAUAAGCGAGUCUGUUCUUGAUGAAGAAGCAAUAGAAUCAAUUCUUCGUACUACAUAUGAACAUCGACAAGCUAAAAAAGAAGAUCAAAAUGAUCAUGACAAUGAAAAUACAUCAUUACAAAGAUCACUUAAUGAUACUGAUGGUGAAAUGCGCCUGUGUCCAAUGUGUUUUUGGAAUUUUCCACAGCAUUUGACAUUCGAUCAAAAAAAAGAGCAUAUUGAACAUCAUUUUGCAUAA